AUGACAAAUACCGAAUAUUUUAGCUGUGCGAGUGACGAUUCCGCGCACUUCAGUGUAACGCUAACGGACAACUGGCUGGAAUUCGAUACGACAAAUGGCAAGUUGAUAGGAAAAGAACGAUCGCACGCAAAUGCCCGUGAAAGAAAUUUGCCAUUUUUUAGUGUCAAUUCGGCUUUUACCACGUUAAGGCAACUAAUACCGACGGAACCGAAAAAUCGGAAAUUGUCCAAGAUCGAAACUCUUCGAUUAGCCAAAAGUUAUAUCGCACAUUUGGGAGCAAUUUUGGUCACAGAUGGUCUCGUGCGACAACCAUGUCUUCAAAAACACAGGAAACUCUCCAAGCAGGUGCAGAAUGGAAAUGACCAAGAAACUUCUGAAAGGACUAAUAUCUGCACAUUUUGUGUGUCGUAUAAAAAGUAA